AGAAAGUUUCCUCCUCUGACUUUUGACUCGCUUCAUGUAGCGAUACUUAGCAGGACCACUUGGCCGGUAUAAAGGUAAUAUCUUUCACAAACGAAGAAGAAGUUAGAACAUGAAAGCAUUCAACUGGUAGAAAAGUCUGGAAACGUUUCUGCUGAUCGUGCGGCAUCAUGAAGCCACUGGUGCGCUUCAGCGUCUUUCUGCUGCUCCUACACGCUGUCCUCAAGAUCUAUGAAGCAAACUGUGACAGUAGUCAAUGUGCUGAAAAUCAAACGGAAACAUUAACAACAACCACAACAACAGUCAGGUUGGAAUCAGAUCAAAACUGUAACUUAUCCAUUGGGAAUGACACAACUGGGCAAGGUUCGAUAACUGAUUUGACGCCUGGAAAAGUCUAUAAAGUCUUCUUCAUCUGUUUUAACUGCUGCAAAGAGGUCACAAUGAAGCCCAACAUCAUCCAGAAUCUCACUGUCACUGAACUCACAACAUCCUCAAUGUAUGUGACCUGGUCUAAACCUGAGGGAGGGAGCUCCUUCUAUAGAGUACAGUGGACUAAUGAAGGGAAGGAUGAGACUUUAAAUGUGACAGAAACACAUAUUAACAUUACUAACCUGACUGCUGGUGUCCAGUAUGAAAUAAGUGUUAUUGCAGUAGCAGAGGAUCAUAUUACUGAAGGAAACAGUACCAUGGUUUCUCAUUACACAAUACCUGAAGUAGUAGAGAAACUCACUGUAGUCUACGUCACAACCUCCUCCAUAUCUCUUGAGUGGACUAAACCAAAGGGAGAGAGCUCCUUCUAUAGAGUACAGUGGACUGAUGGAACAACUAACAACAACAAGAAUGUCACUGAAACAAGAAUAAAUGUCACUGAUCUGACUGCUGGAGUGCGGUAUGAUUUUACUGUCAUAGCAGUGGCUGGAGAUAACACAACAGAGAGUGAAAUGGCUGAGACUUUUCACUAUACCAUACCUGAAGUAGUAGAGAAACUCACUGUAGUCUACGUCACAACCUCCUCCAUAUCUCUUGAGUGGACUAAACCAAAGGGAGAGAGCUCCUUCUAUAGAGUACAGUGGACUGAUGGAACAACUAACAACAACAAGAAUGUCACUGAAACAAGAAUCAAUGUCACUGAUCUGACUGCUGGAGUGCGGUAUGAUUUUACUGUCAUAGCAGUGGCUGGAGAUAACACAACAGAGAGUGAAAUGGCUGAGACUUUUCACUAUACCAUACCUGAAGUAGUAGAGAAACUCACUGUAGUCUACGUCACAACCUCCUCCAUAUCUCUUGAGUGGACUAAACCAAAGGGAGAGAGCUCCUUCUAUAGAGUACAGUGGACUGAUGGAACAACUAACAACAACAAGAAUGUCACUGAAACAAGAAUAAAUGUCACUGAUCUGACUGCUGGAGUGCGGUAUGAUUUUACUGUCAUAGCAGUGGCUGGAGAUAACACAACAGAGAGUGAAAUGGCUGAGACUUUUCACUAUACCAAGCCCAACAUCAUCCAGAAUCUCACUGUCACUGAACUCACAACAUCCUCAAUGUAUGUGACCUGGUCUAAACCUGAGGGAGGGAGCUCCUUCUGUAGAGUACAGUGGACUAAUGAAGGGAAGGAUGAGACUUUAAAUGUGACAGAAACACAUAUUAACAUUACUAACCUGACUGCUGGUGUCCAGUAUGAAAUAAGUGUUAUUGCAGUAGCAGAGGAUCAUAUUACUGAAGGAAACAGUACCAUGGUUUCUCAUUACACAAUACCUGAAGUAGUAGAGAAACUCACUGUAGUCUACGUCACAACCUCCUCCAUAUCUCUUAAGUGGACUAAACCAAAGGGAGAGAGCUCCUUCUAUAGAGUACAGUGGACUGAUGGAACAACUAACAACAACAAGAAUGUCACUAAAACAAAAAUCAAUGUCACUGAUCUGACUGCUGGAGUGCGGUAUGAUUUUACUGUCAUAGCAGUGGCUGGAGAUAACACAACAGAGAGUGAAAUGGCUGAGACUUUUCACUAUACCAAACCCGGUCAAAUUGUGAGCCAUGAUGAGUCUACAAACAUCUUCUCCAUUUACCUGAACUGGACACAACCUCCUGGUGAGGUGUUCAAGUACAGAGUAGAAUGGCAUAAUGGGGGGACAGUGAAGUCCAACUACACAAACUCUGCCCAUUUCGAGGUACCAGACCUGAUCCCUGGCACUUCCUACACGAUCCAAAUCAUGGCUUUGAAUGGAGCUAAUGAAACAGGAGAGCCUUACACAUUCACUUCAGUCACAAAACCUGCUGCGGUCAGGGAUCUCGCCAUCAAAACAAUCACAUCAUCAUCUGUGACUCUGAGCUGGACUAAACCAGAGGGCAACGCUACCUCAUACAUAGUGAGAUGGGCUGAAGGAGAAAACAGCAAAGUCAACACCACCAUUAACACUUUCUUUACAAUCAAUGACUUAACCCCUGGAUUUCAGUACAGCAUUACAGUGGUUGCUGUUGCUGUAAAUCUCUCAAACAAAGGAGAGGAAAUAUCUGAAUCUACCUUUACACGGCCUGUUAAGCCUGUGGACAUUACUGUGACCACACGAGGGACUGACAGCCUUAACAUCAGCUGGACUUUGCGUGAAGGGAGGGUUGAUUGCUAUAUGGUAAACAUCUCAAAUGAUAAACUGAUGUAUGCUAUCAGCAAUAAAACAAAAGAGGCCACCUUCCUCUUCACUGGUUUACAUCCCGGGAGAGUCUUUAACGUCACGGUGACCGCUGUCGCUGGAAACUUCGCCGAGACAUCUGACCAGUCUUCAUUUGCCACUUACCCCACGCCUCCUGGUUCCAUCAACAUCAGUCACAGGACAAACUCAUCACUCUCUGUUGUUUGGGCAACUCCAGCUUUGAUGGAGAAUGCUCCACACAUCAGCUACCAUAUCAUCUACUACUCAUCUAAGAACAAUGUAUUAUACAAUUAUAGCACCACAGACAAAAUAGAGUUGUCCCAGCUCUCAUCGGGAACUCGCUACAAUAUAUCAGUACAAACAGUUGGACCCGAACGUUUAAAGAGCUCAAAAGUUGUUUAUUCUACUCUCACCUUGCCCAACCCUGUGCUGAACCUUAAAUCCAGCACUCAAUCCACCACCUCUGUAGAAGUGACAUGGUCACCACCGCAGGGAGUCCAGGACUAUUACCGAUACUUGGUUCAAACUGUCAGUCCUACAGGAACUAACGAAUCAGUCAGCACUAACAGUGCUGAAUUAUCAAAGCUGGAGCCAGGAACUAAAUACAACAUCAGUGUCAGAACGAUAGCAGCGCAAGGAAUCGAAUCAGCGGAUGAAUUUACAUUCAGUUACACAAGACCCACAGCAGUGCCCAACAUCACUGUUGAGAAUGUGACCACAACAAGCGUCCAGCUGUCGUGGCUCAGGCAGAGUGACCAUAAACCGUCCUACUCCUACCUGGUGAUGGCACUGCAGGACACCAAGCUUGUUCACAAUGAAUCCACAGAGAAAGAGACAUACACCUUCUCUGAUCUGUACCCUGGAAGUUUUUACACUUUUAAAGUGGUCACUGUGGUAGACGGGGUCAAGUCAUCAGAGACAAACAUAUCCAGUUACACAAGUAUGUUUUCAAAGUGUCUUAUUCUCUUUUUAAAAGUUAACAUUUCCAUUAGAUUGGGAAGACAGAUAAGAAACUCUCUUUUUAACUUAAGGUCAUAUAGGCUGUGUUUUUUCUUUUCUUUUUUAUCAGAGCCACAUCCAGUGACUGUGCGAGGAGAUGAGACAUUAAUCACCACAAACAAAGUGACUUUGUUCUGGGAACAGCCGGAGAAAAAAUCUCACUACUCAUAUGUGGUGGAGGUCUCCAGUGGUGCUCCACCUCAAACAGUCAACGAAACCACAAUAACGAUCACUGGUCUCUCCUCUGGGAGCAACUACAGCUUCACUGUGACUACACAGACAGCAGAUGGCACUAAGGCAGCUCCUGUGGCUGUGUCCUACUUCACAAGGCCGUAUGGUGUCAGACAGUUGCGGGCUGAAGGCUUAAACACCACUGCUGUACGUCUGCUUUGGAAUGGACCUCUGGAAUACAAACCAGAAUAUACAUACCGGGUUGAGACUGCACACUGUGACACCCACAAAAACAAAACCCUCACAGGGAAUGACACGCAGAUCUCCGAGCUCACCCCUGGGACCGAAUGCACCUUCUGUGUUGUUGUCAGGGCAGCGGACGGCAUCGAAGGAGAAGCAAACUGCACCCUUCAGUACACAAAGCCUGAGAUAGUGUGGCCCAUGAUCUCCAGUCAGGGCUCCAACAGUUCAGUCCGGGUGUCGUGGACCGAACCUCCUGGGAGAGUGGAGCGUUUUGAGGUUAAACUGAACGGCACUUUUGGGGCUGAAAAGGAGCGACUGCUGAACUCCAGUCAUACAUUCUUUCUGUUUGAGGGCCUGUCUGCUGGAAGGAUUUACUCUGCCAUGGUAAUCUCAGUGAGUGGACCCUUCAAGGAACCAUCUGGAUUUGUUACUAAUGCAACUUUCCCUAACCCUCCUGGGCUGAUUAAGGUCCUGAAAAAGACAACCAGCUCCCUUCACAUCAAGUGGGAGGAAGCGCCUUUGAUGACUGGUGCAUCAUUCUCCUACCAGCUGUCUAACAUAUCAACACAGGGAGGGGAACACAUCUCUACCACCAACACCAAUCUUACUUUUCCCUCCCUGCAGUCUGGGACCCCCUACAGUAUCUCAGUGGCAACAGUGGGGGUUAUGGGUUUUCAGAGUGAGGUGGUUCAGAUCCACAAUGUCACCACAAGACCUUUCAAGGUGAAUUCUCUUAAAGCUUGUGAGGACGAGAAAAUCAUCACAGCCACAUGGGUCAAGCCUGACCAAUACAAGGAAAGCUAUCGUUUCCAUCUGACUCUGCUCAGCUCAGCUGGGAACUCAAGUUACAACGCUAUGGAUAACAAAUUUAACUUCACCAAUUUGGAUCCUGGGAGCCACUACAACUUUAGUGUCAUUACAGAGACUUUUGAUGGAACGCAGAGUGAUCCAACAUGGCAUUUCACCUGCACAAAGGCGAGCCCUGUGACAGACUUAAACUGUUCGGGUCCAAACCAACCAAACGCAGAAGUCGUCCUGAACUGGACCUGUCCCUCUGGUCGUUUCACUGGAUUCCGGGUGUCCGGAAACAAUAAUAAUUCAACAAGCCCACAAUGUUAUCACACUGUGUCCAACCUUCGUCACCACACUCAGUACAGCAUGGAUGUGGUGACUGAGAGCUGUGGGCAACCCAGCAGCCCACAGCUUGUUUCCUGUUGGACCGGAAUCACAGACCCCCCACCUCCAAAGAACGAUGGCUCACUGCUGAAAGUUAAGGACAAAGUAUACAAUAUGUUCUCCAUUCAGAUUAAUUCCAGCCUGCUAAAUAACACCAAUGGGCCUAUAACACAUGUUGGGGUGCUCGUGACUGCUGACAAUCUUAACACCUCUCAUUUUAGAAUCUACUUGGAGAAAACUUACACUGAGUGGAAGGCCGGGCAUACUCAAGCAUACCUGGCAACAGUUAAAGAGACAAACUUCCAGAGCCGUAGCGGGGAGAGCCAAAUUAACAUAGCAGUUGGAGAUGAUACCACAUGGGAAGGCUACACUAACAGUCCUCUGCAGGCCAAUGGAAAUUACAAAUAUGCUAUCGUGUUGUUCACCGAUCUACAGCUGAAAGAAAUGUUGGUGAACGGUGCACAGUCACUGGUUUCAGUAACACAAUUUUCUACGAACAUCUAUCUUCCAACAAGCCCAGCGGUGAUUGGCCUCGCUACCGGAGCAACGUUGGGCAUUUUUUUCAUUCUCUUCAUCGUCCUCAUCGGCUUCAUUAUCUACUGGAAAAGGAGAUCGAAAAAAGAAACACCAGACAUCCAGAUUCAUUCCAUGAGAGCCAAAUCUGCGGCUGUGAGGGUGGAGGACUUUGAGGCUUACUACAAGAAACAGACGGCAGACUCUAACUGUGGCUUUGCAGAGGAGUUUGAGGAUCUGAAAGCUGUUGGUACAGGACAGUCCAAAACAACCGCCCUGACUCUUGAGAACAAGCCAAAGAACCGCUACAACAAUGUGCUCCCCUAUGACUCCUCUAGGGUGAAACUCUCUAUUGUCCAUGGGAGUCCAUAUGAGGACUACAUCAAUGCUAACUACAUGCCGGGUUACAACUCCAGGAAGGAGUACAUUGCAGCUCAGGGUCCUCUGCCGCACACAGUCAACGAGUUCUGGAGGAUGAUCUGGGAGAAGAACGUACAGACUUUGGUCAUGCUGACACGCUGCAAUGAACAGGGACGAGUAAAAUGUGAGCAGUACUGGGAACAUGGUACCAAGCACUAUGAAAACAUCAUUGUGACAGAAACUUCUAAAAUACCCCUUAAAGACUGGACCAUCAGGGACUUUAGGCUUAAAAAUGUGAAGACUGCAGAGACCCGCUCGUUGCGUCACUUCCACUUAACAGCCUGGCCGGAUCACGGGGUGCCAGAGACCACCGAGCUGCUGAUCAGCUUCAGACAUUUGGUCAGAGAGCACAUGGACCAGUACUCCAGACACUCUCCUGCUGUGGUCCACUGCAGUGCUGGUGUUGGUAGAACUGGUACAUUUAUAGCCAUUGACCAUCUGAUCUUCCAGAUUGAGAGGGAAAAUAUGGUUGACGUGUUUGGCAUUGUGCAUGACCUGCGCAUGCACAGGCCCCUCAUGGUUCAGACAGAGGACCAGUACGUGUUCUUACACCAGUGUGCCAUAGACAUCAUCAGAUCGAGAACUGGAACCAAUGUGGAUCUUAUCUACCAAAACACAGCUGCCCUCUCUAUUUACGAGAAUGUGGAACCAAAGAAAAAUGGGUACUAUAAUGCAUGAAACUUCUUUGGUCUUCAUCUUCCUUAGCAAGACUGCGAUCGGACAUUUGUAAAGAAAUCAAAUGAAAAAAGAAAAGCUUUCAUGGUUUAAAUCUCUAUUUUGUGGUAUUUAUUUGUUAAAAUGAUCAAGUGUGAAAACAUAAUCACUGACCGUAUUGGAUUUUAUGUAAACCUUUUCCCUUAUUCUGACUUUUUACGACUGUAAAUGUGCUAUUGAUGAUUGUUGUCACUCAGGUAAUAUGUCAGAUGCUGUAUAGGUAUUAUUACAGGCACUUUAGAUGAAAUAAUAUGGCCUUGUAUGAAAGAAGAUUUAAGUCUUUGAAUGGGUGCCUUCUCAAAACCUGUAUGCUUUGUCACCACUAGGGGGCACUCUGAGUUUUAAAGUGAAAAAAGACAGAGGGCUGUCUUUAUCUUACUUCAGGAACCUUACCGUUGUUUCUUAAUACAACAUUUUCUUCUGAUGUUUGUACCAAUGAUCCAGACACUGUUUUUUGCACCUUUUAAGCCAAUUUGAACUGUGCAAUGCUUUUUAAUGAAGGACUUCUGUUGUUUGUAAUACAAAGUGUUUGUAUUUAUCUGUAUAUGCACUGUAGCAAAUGAUGCGCUGGAUGCAUUUAUCUUCUUACACUGUCCACUUUUUUAGAUUCUAGAGAUGUAUUUUUUAUAAGGAUUGUUUAUUUUAAUUUGGCCUGUGCUUUGUGAAACUUAGGAGCAAUUUGCUUUUCAACACAACAUUUGAAUGUGACAAUUGUACUGUGAUUCUGUUUUUCAGAAUAAAGAGAUGGUUCACAUUUAACAGGAACUCAGGAAGUAAUCCUAUGAAAAAAAUGUAUUUUAAAAAACAACAACUCCAGUGCGGGUGUACUUUAAGCAGUCAGAGGCAAUGUUCGUUAUUUGUAUUUUGAUAAUUUCCCUUUUCAUCUACACUGGUUGUUCUCAACUGGUGGGUCGGGACCCAAAAAAGUCAAAAAGUCUUUGAAGCUUUUUGCAAAUGUGUUGGUUUUGUUCAGUUUCUUGCAUCUGUCACAUGUUUUGCACCUUCUGAGAUCCAAAAUCCACAAUUUUCCAUCAAACAAGUCUGAUCAGUUUAAACAUUUCAGAAAUUUGGGUUGGUUUUCAAAUGUAGGUGUUGCUGGUGGGUCCUGAGGCUAUCAAGUUGAGAACCACUGAUCUACACUGUACAUUCCACAAAGAAACAAAGUCAUGUCACUUGAUGCUACAUAUUUAUGUCCAUAUAUGGACAUUUCCUGUGAUGUUAAACUCUCCAGAGGAGCUUGAGCUUUAUUUUCAGCUUCCAAAGGGCAGAAGUUUCCAUGAGGCAGGUACAUCUAAGUUCAUGGAUGUGUCUGGUCUGCCUGUACCGUAUAGCUAACAAGUCUGCCUUUAAUUUAUAUUGAAUCAUAAUGAAUACAGUCCCCCUGCAGGUCAAAACAAAACAACAUUUUAUAAAACACUACAACAUUUCACUGAGCAUGACAACAUUUCACAAUACACAAUGAAAAAUCUCACAUAUAGUGUUUUAUGAAAGCUUUGGUGUUCUAUGAAUUGAUGUAGUCUUUGGUGAAAUGUAGUGUUUUGAGAAAUGUGUUGACCUUCAGGGAGACGUAAAAAUGUUUUAGUGCUUGAAAACAAGAAUGGCCGAUAGUCACAACAUUUCUGAUAGUCAAAAUGUUUUUAUUCUGCUGGUACAAUGCAAAAACACAAAAAGAGCAAUGAUUUAAUAGUUUGAUACCUGUAUGUCUGUAUGUAAUAGUAUUUAAAUGCUAAUAAACUUAAACUCCAAAUUU